UGAAGGUGUGGCUGCUGCUGUUUACCAACGCUGUGAGCUCUGAUGCUGCUGAAUCCUCGGAGGACUCGGACCAACAUGAAGCUCCUUCAGCUCGUCUCUUUCUUCCUGCUCACUCUGAGCGGACAAACCGCUACCACCUCGAUGCAGGUGAAGGAAGACGAUGACGCCAUUUUGAGCUGUUCCUUCGGCACUGCGAACAUCAAGAACAAGGUGUUUGACUGGAAGAAAGAUGUGGAUAAACAGAAGAAGGAGGUUUUCUUAUAUUCUAAGGGCAGUUAUUACGGUCACGGAGAAACGGGUCAAGAUCCGCAAUUUAAAGGUCGGAUCUUUCAUUUUCCUGCACGACUCCAGUUUGGUAACGCCUCCAUAGUGAUCAGAAAAACAAAGACGUCAGACAGUGGAACCUACACGUGUUUUUCUUAUUCAACAUCCCUUCAGCCAGAAAUAAAAUCCAGCAUCAGUCUGACUGUUGAUCCAAUCCUAAAACCCAGACCAGAGAUCAAAGGUGCGUCUUCAAGGCCCUACAUCACCUCUGAAAAGUCAAACGAUGUGGUUCUGCUGAAGUGUCUCGUCAGAGGUGCUGUUCCGAAGCCGGUACUGGAGUGGCGGGACAGCGAUGGAAACAUCCUCGCUGCCAGUGACGGAAAAGGAAACAAGUACGACACCGUCCUCAACAUUACUGUGGACAGGACCGGAUUCUAUCGCUGCGUGGCCACACAGAAGGAAAUCUACCAUCAGACUGAGACUAAGAUCUACGUCCCUCAUCCUGGUGCAGCUUCACAGCCGUCUGUCACUAUAGUUGGACCAACUAAAGAUGGAGUUUUGCUUCAGUGUGAAGUUCUGGGUGCUUCUCCAGAGCUCAAAGUUUUCUGGGAGGACAGCGCCGGAAACUCAAUUCCUGAUAAACUCCUACCGGUGAAUGAAACAGGAGGAAGCUACAACAUUAUUCUACAAACUACUGUGACGAAGAGCGACCACUAUCGCUGUGUGACCACGGAGGGGAACAUCAACGACACACUUCGUAUUGAGAUCAUUGUGCGGAGCCCCGGGGAGAAGCCCAGUGCAGGUUCUGGUUUGGUCGUUGGACUUCUUGGACUUGUUGCUGUAGUUGUUGUUUGAGUUGCUGUUAUUGUGCGAUUACUGCUGGAGGUUCAACUGGACUCCUAAAGGACGUUUCUGGCUCCACCUGCUGUUCUGUCAACUUACCGACAUGAUAUAUCUCCUGCCUACUCUGGGUCUGUGUUGUGAUUGUAAUCCUGUUUCCUGAAUGCACUUUUAUGGGAGUUUUAAGGUAAAACAAGUUUUACGCUCCCUUGAGGUUGUUUUAACUUUCCUAAAUAUAUAUAAAUAUAAACUUCUAUCUUCAUAUAUCUUCAAUUCAGGGCUCCAGACUGCGACCAAAAUAAUCACAUAUGCACUAAACACUGAAACACUGUUUUUUUUUUUUUUAUAAUGGUGUGAGUUUAAAUUUGAACAUCAUUGGUUUGGUUUUGUCUGGUUUUUAUCUGUUCUGUAGCUGCUCAGCGUAAAGCGCUCAGUUUUGAUACGACUUCAUUGAUUUGUGUCUCUAAUAAUCAUUAACACUCAGAUUUAGGACAAAAACAUGAUCCAGGUUUCACAACAUCAGAUAAACAGUAAUCAAAUUAGAAUUAAAAUCAGAACUGCUCGAGACAAGUUUGUGAUUUUAGGAAUUUAAUCGAGACAAAACAGUGAAAAAACUCUGAGUAAUGACAAUGAUAACGUUCUGAAAACAUUCUAAGAAAGUUCUGCUAAUGCUUUCAGCACUAAGUUGUUUAUUGGUUUGUUUUUAGUUCCUUGAAUGUUGUUCCUAAAUGCUGCCUAAUGCCUGAGACGUUCUGAAAAUGUUUGGUUCUAACGUCGUUUUCUGAUUGUUUGAUUUUCAGUCUUGUUGUCGUAUAAUUUGAGGAACGUUGUGGGAACGUUUCUGCUUUGUUCCCUCAACAACAUCCCAAAACCUCCUCAGGAUUUUUGUUGUUAAUAUUUUACAUCAUAAGAACAUUUUAUAAAAGUCACUUGAGGCCUUGAUAACAUCUGGAAAACAGGAUUUGUUCUUCCUUCGCUGUAACGUCGUCUGUUUCCCCAGAAACAGAAACCAGAUGGUACCACGGUUGUAUAUUGAAGGAAAAAGGUGAAGCGUCUGCCAACAGGUGGUCCAUUAAUCACAGCGUCGCUGGUUCGAUCCCCACGUUGGUCCUGAUUCUGUGACUGUAAAUAAAAACUGUGUAGCUGCAGCUCAUUUAACAAAUAUCACUUUGCUUCAGCUAGACUUAGACAGGGGCAUUAAAACAUAUGAACUGAAACCUGCUGAUUAUUUCUGAACAUUAAUGUGAAUAUUUGACUGUUACAGUGAAAAAUAUAAAUGUGACUUUUUUAUAAAUAUCUUGCUGCAUUAUUUAGGAGGAGCUUGUUGCUUGUUUUUAUCUCUUCAGGUUCUCAUCCAGAGUCUGUCAUCAACAGUUACUGAAGAACAUUUUGUGUUUGUGAUUGAUGUUGAAACUCUGCUGGAUUCUUCUGAAAGUACAUUUAUGCUGUUACAUGUAAUUUCAGACAGCGCUUGAUGAGUUCUCUCAAAACAUUAAAUAAAACAUGAAAAUAU